AUGUCCUCUCCCAGCAAAGCCCCCCAGCGCAGCGACAUGAUCCUCGCAAUGAACGACCCCUACAUGCAACAAAUCAUCGACGGCACCAAGACAUACGAGUUCCGCAAGUACAACAUGGCAGGCAUCAAGCGCAUCUGGUUCUACCGCACUGCUCCCCACUCCGCCAUAACUCACAUAUGUCCCGUCAACGAAGCCGUCACGAGAAACUCCGGCGACGCGCCCCUGCCUGAAGAUGGGCUGGGAAACAAGAAUUACAAUGAGAAGGACGCUGAUUACGAGGGCUAUGACUUUGCGUAUCGGAUUAAUGCGGUUUACGAGAUUCAGGCUGAGGGUGGACGGGGAAUUACUUGGGCGAUGAUGCGGGAUGUGCACGGAAUGAAGAUUGCACCACGGGGAAGAGUCCGGGUGCCCGAAUCAAUGAUUGCGCAGUAUAGCUUGGAGGAUCAGAAGAAGGUUUUACGGACUGAAGUCAACAUCAUAAUACAGCCCAAUAGCCCAGCCCAUAUCGGAACAAUGUGCAGUCUUGGCCUUGCAUUCGUCCUCGCCCGACGUCUCCUAGACGAAGGGUUAGAUGUUUCAGUUACUUGUGAUCUCUGGGACCGUGCCAAAGGCGAGCCAUUGACUAUUGACGGUGUCGAUUACCAGAAGAGCCUUCGUGACAAGGGGAAGUUCCAGAAGCACCUCCCGGGCUAUGUUCAGAUCACAAACGAGCUUGCUAGCCGGUACAGAGUUCAUCACCGCAUCAGGAUGGAAGAGGAGUUCAUGAGCAACCCUGAGAUACCUGACGUCCUUCGCGAAGUAAUUGUCAAGCGGGAAUUCUAUGGCAAGGUCCUGGCACCGGAGCGAGGGUCACUGGCUAUCCGGGCUUCAUGUCCCGAAUGUGGAUUGGUGGAGAAGUAUGGUACUCGGAAUGCGUAUGCGGAAGAUGGAUCGGCCGUCACGUUCCACUGUCCUUUACAUGGCCCUUUCACCUGCAACACACAAACCGAGAGCAACCGAUUCCAGUUCAACUGCCAGCUCUUUAACCUUAUCCUUGGACUAUUCUACCAAAGAACACCUUACAAUUGGAUUGAAAUUUGUGGAAGUGACUAUGCUGGAUUCUGGCAGGAACAACUACUAUGGCGAUUUCUGUCCAAGCCAGCAAUCAUCGUCUACACUCCUCUGAUCUCUGACUGGUCUGGAUCCAAGGUUUCAAAGUCGCUAUACCUUCAAGACAAAGCGUACCGAUACUUGCGGGACUCUGGGCAGGAGUAUCUGCUGAAUUAUGAGGUCUGCCGCCGGGAGAACAAAGACCUUGCAAUUUUGUGGAAGGAGGUUGAGUUGUGGGUUGAUGAACCCUAUCGACUUUUCCGUGGCUACAGCAUUCAUUACUUACAUCUCUUGUUCGAAGGGCAUGCAAUUGGGCUUGGGACUAUCCACAAAUAG